UCAUAACAUUCUGAAGACCUGUCCACCAAUCACAGGACUCCUUACUGGAAAAACCAACUGCUGGGGAGUGCCAAGAGUCCCUAGCAACGCCCUGCCGCUUUUGAAAUCUGAGGGGAAAAUACUGUAGUCAGCCCCUAGUGGAUGAGAGCACGUAUGCCCCAGACAGAGCAGGCUCCCAGGAUGGACACCUCGCCCCCUGAAGAACGCUUAGAGAAGCAAAAUGAAAAACUGAACAACCAGGAGGAGGAGAUGGAGUUUAAGGAACUGGACGAUCUGAGGGAAGCCUUGGCAAACCUGCGGGGACUGUCAGAGGAGGAGAGGAGCGAGAAGGCUAUGCUUCGCUCCCGCAUUGAAGAUCAGUCCCAGCUCAUCUGCAUCCUGAAGCGGAGGUCAGAUGAGGCCCUGGAGCGCUGCCAGAUCCUAGAGCUGCUCAAUGCAGAGCUGGAGGAGAAGAUGAUGCAGGAGGCUGAGAAGCUCAAGGCCCAGGGUGAGUACACUCGGAAGCUAGAGGAACGCUUUAUGACCCUAGCAGCCAACCACGAGUUGAUGAUCCGCUUCAAGGAUGAAUACAAGAGUGAGAACAUCAAACUGAGGGAGGAGAAUGAGAAACUGAAGCUGGAGAAUAGCAGCCUCUUCAGCCAGGCUCUGAAGGAUGAGGAGGCAAAAGUAUUACAGCUCACAGUCCGGUGUGAGGCCCUCACUGGGGAGCUAGAGACGCUGAAGGAGAGGUGUGCUCAGGAUGCUUGCCAGGCACAGGCGCGCGAGAAGGAGCUGCUGGAGCUACAGAGCCAGCAGGCCUGCACCCACACCAAGGAGACAGGACAGCUGCGCAGCCAGCUGCAGACUCUCAAGCAGCAGCACCAGCAGGCUGUGGAGCAGAUGGCUAAGGCAGAGGAGACACACAGCAGCCUGAGCCAGGAGCUGCAGGCCAGGCUGCAGACCGUCACUAGAGAGAAAGAGGAGUUGCUGCAGCUGUCAAUGGAAAGGGGCAAAGUGCUUCAGAACAAACAGGCAGAGAUCCGCCAGCUUGAGGAAAAGUUGGAGAUAGCAAAUGAGGGCAGGAAGCAUGCGCUGGAGCGGUUUAAUCAAGAGGCAGUGGCUGUGGACAGCAACUUGAGAGUCAGGGAGCUUCAGUGCAAAGUAGAUGGGAUCCAGAAGGCCUACGAUGAACUCAGGCUGCAGUCUGAAGCCUUCAAAAAGCACAGCCUGGAUCUUUUAAGCAAGGAGAGAGAACUCAAUGGCAAACUCCGCCAUCUCUUUCCAUAAGCAAGUUUCUGCUUCCUCUGGCCUGCAAUUCAGAAUUCAAAUAUUUGUGUCUUAGCAUUAUGGCAAGAGUAAAGAUGAUAUCCCAUUUAUUAUACUUUUAAGCACAAAAGGCAACUCAAAGAAAAGCUACUUUAAUAUGAUAUUGUUGUGAUUAUUGUAAAGCCAUUAUUAAUUUUCAUUUCUACCACCUAGAAUACACAAGAUUUGCCAGA